AUGGUGCAAUCUGGAAAACCGUUUGCCGGGUUUUGCGGUGCCGGCGACGGAGAUGAACGUGGAGAGCCCCGGGGAGCUAGGGUUCUGAAGCGCACCGUGGGGCACAGCGUGGCGGACGACGGCCCCCGACAGCCUCCUAGGUUUUCCAUGGGAGAUGGGGGAGUCGCGUGCGCCGUCCGCGCCGUCGAGGGCUUCCGUGCCGGCGCCCUCGUGAGGAGAGGAGGAGCGGGAGAAGCGAUGCCGGACAAGGGGGAGAGAGCUCAUGGCCACCACCACCACCAGCAGCAGCACCGGAAGAACCAUCAGUCGGCGACAGCUGCUGACCUGGAGGAGGGGGAGCUGCUCAAUGGGGAGGCCGAGACCAAUGGGUUGCCUGAGAGGAGCAUGCCACCUAAGAAGUGGAGGAAGGUGCUGGCAGCCUCCGCAGCUGCUGUGGAGGUGGAGCCUGGGGAGAUUGUGAGUACGAAGCAAGCAGUGCCAUUGAAGAAGUCAAGGAGAAACGGGGAGGUUGAGAAGGUAGAGCUGCCGCCGGAGAGGCAAAGGAAGGAAAAGUCUUCUGGGAAGAGCACCAGGAAGCCUAUCAAGGAUGAAGUGGAGCCAGGGGAGAUUGCACCGCCAGAAAAAAGGCGGGAUGCCAAGUCCCACCAGGCCGAUGAUAAUGGCAGGAGGCCAAGUUCAUCUGCCCAGAAAGGCUCCUUCCGGGAUUCUGAUGAAGAGCCUGGUGAAAUUAAGCCAGAGAGCAGCAUGAGUGGCAGUGUAAGGAAGAACCGGCAAACAGAGCCUCAGAGCAUUAACCACAAGCACCGCGCUGACACCUCUGAUCAGUCAGGAUCAAAAAGUCGCAGGAAGGGAGAAGGGAAGAGUUUAUCUGGUGCCAGACAUUUGUCUGGGAGAAAUAGUGAGGUCUCGCCACCAACAUGGGAUCGGCGUGAUAGGCACGAGAGGAGCCCAGGCAUCUUGGGCCGUUUUCCUCAUGAUCGCUUUCGUCAUGACAGGUAUGACCGGAGCCCGAGCCGCUUGGAGCGCUCCCCACAUCGAGAGCGUGCUCGCCACUACGAUAGCAGAGACCACAGUCCAUAUAUUUCACCUCGACAUAGAGCUCGUCAGCCCCAUUUGAGGGAUAACACACCAAGUCGUGUUGAUAAUUCCCCUCGUGGGAGGGUCCAGCAUGAGGAUGUCAGAGACCGUAGCCCAUUUCGUCAUGACAGAUCGCCUUCUGAACGUUGUCGGCCUACUGACACUCAUGAAUCAAGCAAGAAGAGCAGAAGUGGCAAAAGCUCAGAAAAAUCACAGCACAAAAGCAAAUCAGCGAAGCAAUCUUCAAAGACCAAGAGUGGUAGCAAUGGGAAGAAUGAGGAGAAAAUCUCCAAAGAAAAGCCCACUGAAAGCAGUCAGCACACUGAACUGCCACUGCCACCUCCACUACCACCGCCACCACCCCCGCCUCCGCCACCUCCGCCUCUUCCACCUGCUGUACCGCCUCCCCUGCCUCCACCACCAGAACCUGAGCCAACUGGAGUUCUAGCUGAAGAUAUGAUAGAAGACAUGGAUAUCUGUGACACCCCACCUCACAUUAGUGCAGCACCUGAACCCACUGAACCAAUUUGUGAUAUAGGGAGGUGGUUUUACCUUGAUCACUUCGGUAUCGAGCAAGGACCUUCCAAGCUUGCUGAGUUGAAGAAGCUGGUGGAAGAUGGAUAUCUUCUUUCUGACCAUCUGAUAAAACAUGCUGAUAGCAACCGAUGGGUGACUGUAGAGAAUGCAGCUUCACCACUGGUGCCAUCUGAUUUCCCCUCUUUAUAUUCGGACACUUCAACACAGAUGGUUAACCCACCAGAAGCCCCAGGAAAUUUGCUCGAUGAAGCUCUAGAGGAGGCUUCUAACUUGGCAUCAGGUGCUGAGGAUAAACAAAUGGAGGAAGCUUCUGCUGAAGAUAGUGAAGAAUUCUACAUUGAUGAUAGGGUUGAAGCACUGAUGGAUGGAUCAAUUUUGGUGCAUGGCCAGGAGCUCGAGAUCAUUGGAGAGCUUUUAGGUGCAGAUUUUCAGCCUGCUGAUUGGCAAAGAUGGAGUCGCCCUGAAGAUUUUGCUAGGUUCCAUGUGCAUACUGAAGGAGACGAUGGAAUCAAUGGAGGCACAGAAUUCUUAGAAAAUAGAGCAACGGAUGCUUAUGGCCUUGUUUCUGUGGAGAGGAACAACUUUCAUCAUUAUGUUGAGUCUAGCGAAUGGUUUUCUGGGAGAUGGUCUUGCAAAGGUGGUGACUGGAGGAGAAAUGAUGAAUUGAGCCAAGAUACUCCAUUCAGGAAAAAACUUGUUCUCAAUGAAGGGUAUCCUCUGUGUCAAAUGCCAAAAGGUAGCUAUGAGGAUCCACGCCGGCCCUGCAAGGAUGAGUUGUACUACCCUGUACGUGCUAAAAAGCAUGACCUGCCAUUGUGGGCAUUCUCAUCGACAGAAGAAGAUACUGACAGUGUUAAUGACAGCACUAAAGGCGAUGUUGUGCCUGGUAGGCCAGGUCAGACCAGACAGCCUCCUAGGGGAGUGAAGGGCAUGAUGCUUCCAGUGGUUAGGAUAAAUUCUCGUGUUGUUAAAGAUCAAUCAUCUGUUGAACCCCGUACAAAACCCAGAGGAACUGAUCGACCACUGUCGAGAUCUUCACGCUCCCAUUCAAUUGGGGCUGAGAGAAGUUCUGUCCAUGAAGGUUCGUCGCAUUUCAGGAAGCACCAUGACCAUGAUUCACAAAGUUUGCACAAGUCCAAGUCUGUUCCAAACAUUCCAAAGGACCGUGUAUGCACUGUUGAUGAGCUGUCAAUUUAUCGGGGUGACUGGUACUACCUUGAUGGCACUGGGCAUGAGCAUGGUCCAUUUUCUUAUUCCGAAUUGCAAGAAUUAGUUAAAAAGGGCACUAUCAUUGAACAAAGUAGUGUAUUCCGUAAGAUUGAUAACACAUGGUUUCCAGUUCUUAAGGAUUUAAAACCUGGAAGCUCUGUUCCCAGUGCAGCACGGAACUCAAAUUCUACUGCUGCUCUUAUGCACCCAGACCAAUAUAAUUUUGGUGUGAACCAAGGAUCAGGUAGCUUUCAUGAGUUGCACCCCCAGUUCGUGGGUUAUACACGUGGUAAAUUACAUGAACUAGUCAUGAAAUAUUUCAAGAGCAGGGAACUUACUUUAGCUAUAAAUGAGGUCUUGGAUCCAUGGAUUUCAGCAAAGCAACCAAAAAAAGAGUUUGAAGCAUACUUUUCUCACAAUUCAGCAUCUAGGAAUUUCCUGCCAGAAGAUGGUGGGUCCGCAAAAAGGGCAAAGUUGCUACCUGACCAGAGUGAUGAAGAUAUUCAUUUGUCAGAAGACAUUCUUGCCAGUCGGAAGGAGGACAUCUGUUUUGAAGAGUUAUGUGAUGGAACAUCUUCUGUUGAUAAUGAUUUUGUGAAUCCCAGAGCAGGAAAUGAAAGCUGGGGUUUACUAAACGGCCAUGUGUUAGCAAGAAUCUUCCAUUUUAUGAGGGCAGAUGUGAAAUCACUUAUUUCUUCUGCAGCUACCUGUAGGAGCUGGAAUGCUGCCGCGAAGUAUUACAGGAACAUGUGUAGAUUCAUUGAUCUGUCUUCUGUUGGCCCUCUUUGCACUGAUUCUGUGUUUUGUGAUAUUAUGGCUGGUUAUGAGAAGCAAAAUAUUAGGACUCUUAUUUUAGCUGGUUGUUCGAAUCUUAGUUCACAUGCCCUUGGCAGAGUACUUGAGCAGCUUCCACAAAUAUCUUAUGUUCACAUUCAAGGCUGCGGUCAUCUAGGGGAUCUGAAAAAUAAAUUUCAGCAUGUAAAAUGGAUCAGGAGCUCAUUGAAUCCAGAGUCAUAUCGGAAAAUGAAAACCUUGAAGCAGAUAGGUGAUGGGAACAACUACGCAUCCAAAGUUGCAAGGAACUUCACCAAUCAGCUGGAUGGUUCUGAUGAGCUUGAUGGUUAUUUUGCUGAUAUUUCAAAUAGAGAGAAUGCUAACCUUUCAUUUGGCCAAGGUUUCUAUAAAAGAUCAAAAUUGCUUGAUGCUAGAAAGUCCUCUGCAGUUUUGUCGAGGGAUGCAGAAAUGAGGCGUUUGAUGCAGAGACAGGCAGAGAACAGUUACAGGAAGAUGGAAGAGUUUGUCAUAAACAGAUUGAGAGAAAUUAUGAGGAAUAACAAAUUUGAUUUUUUCAUUCCAAAGGUUUCCAAGAUCGAAGGUAGGUUGAAAAAUGGGUAUUAUGCUCGCCAUGGCUUUCGUACCAUCAAGCAUGACAUCCGUACCAUGUGCCAAGAUGCAUUAAGAUAUAAAGAUGGCAAUGAUUCAGGAGAUAUAAAGCAAAUUGUUGUCUCCUUCAUACAGCUAGCAAAGAGACUAGGGAACCCAAGGUACAUUUCUGAGAGAAAUGGAGCAGCAGCCCAGGACAGCCUGGAUGUUAGUCAAUAUUCAUUUGAUACUAAACUAAAAAAGAAGCAAAGCAAAACAAGAGGAGCAAAUUUGGUGGCUGCUGGAGCAGAUAAUUCAUCUCGUGCAUUUGACCUUGAAAUCAAAAGAAGCCUGUCUAAAUUAAAGAAAAAGGGUGUCUACUCUGGUAGUGAAACAUCUGAUGAUGAUGAUGGCUACUCUGAUGGUGAUGAAACUGAGAGUGAAACUACUGUUUCUGAUACUGAGAGUGACCUUGAUGUAAAUUCUGGAGCUUGGGAUUUAAAAGGAAAUGGUCUAAAGUUAAUUGAACUUGGGGAACCUGUGACUGAUGAUCGUAUAUUGGGUGCCCGCAUGACAAAGGCCAGCCUUGUUCCUCCAGUUACUAGGAAGUAUGAAGUUAUUGAGGAGUACCUUAUUGUAGCAGAUGUGGAGGAAGUACAACGAAAAAUGAGAGUUGCUUUACCUGAUGACUAUUCUGAGAAGUUGCUGUCGCAGAAGAAUGGCACCGAAAACUUGGAGCUUCCAGAGGUUAAGGAUUAUCAACCCCGAAAAGUAGCAGGAGAUGAAAUUCUUGAGCAAGAAGUAUAUGGCAUAGAUCCAUACACACACAAUCUACUGAGUGACAUUAUGCCUGCUGAUCUUGAGUUGUCACCUACCGACAAGCAUAUCUUUAUUGAGGAGUUGCUUCUGAAUACAUUGAAUAAGCAAGUUAGGCAUUUCACUGGUUCGGGAAAUACCCCUAUGACUUACAGCCUUAGGCCUGUCAUUGAAGAAAUCCAAAGAUCUGCGGAGGAUAGUGGUGACAGGCGAACUUCAAAGAUGUGCUUGGGGAUGCUGAAGGCCAUGAGAAAUCGCUCUGAUCAGAACUUUGUUGCUUAUAGAAAGGGUCUUGGUGUUGUUUGCAACAAAAAAGGUGGAUUUGGUGUAGAUGACUUUGUUGUCGAGUUCUUUGGGGAGGUUUACCCUUCUUGGAGAUGGUAUGAAAAGCAAGAUGGUAUUAAACAUAUCCAAAACAACAGCGAAGAUCAAGCUCCUGAGUUUUACAACAUUAUGUUAGAAAGGCCAAAGGGAGACCGAGAUGGCUAUGACUUGGUUUUUGUUGAUGCGAUGCACAAGGCCAACUACGCGAGUAGAAUCUGCCACUCCUGCAACCCUAACUGCGAAGCAAAAGUGACAGCAGUGGAUGGUAAAUACCAGAUUGGAGUUUACACACUUCGACCAAUUGCAGAAGGCGAGGAAAUCACUUUUGAUUACAAUUCAGUAACUGAGAGCAAAGAAGAACAUGAAGCAUCAGUCUGCCUCUGUGGAAGUCAAGUGUGCCGGGGCAGCUAUUUGAAUUUUUCUGGCGAAGGAGCCUUUGAGAAGGUAUUAAUGGAAUUCCAUGGUGUGCUCGAUAGGCAUAGCCUGCUGCUACAGGCUUGUGAAACAGACUCUGUCUCUCAACAAGACUUAAUUGACUUGGGUAGAGCUGGUCUUGGUACCUGUUUGCUUGCUGGUUUGCCUGGAUGGCUUGUUGCUUACACGGCUCACCUGGUGCGGUUUAUAUACCUUGAGAGACAGAAACUCCCUGAUGAGAUCUUAAGGCACAAUGUGGAUGAGAAGCACCAGUUCCUUAUAGAUAUAAACAUGGAUUCUGAGAAGAAUGAUGCUGAGGUUCAGGCAGAGGGAGUAUUAAAUUCAAGAUUACAGCAAAUAGUGCAUACACUUGACAAGGUGAGAUAUGUUAUGAGAUGCAUAUUUGGAGACCCAAAGAAUGCUCCUCCUCCCCUGGUAAGGUUGUCUGGGAAAGGUCUGGUAUCUGCCAUCUGGAAAGGGGACAGUUCGAUAGUUGCUGAACUCCUUCAGUCGAUGGAACCUCAUGUUGAAGAAGAGGUACUUAGUGAUCUGAAGGCCAAAAUCCAUGCUCAUGAUCCAUCAGACUCUGAAGAUAUUGAGGGAGGCAUCAGGAAUUCUCUCUUGUGGUUGCGUGAUGAAUUGCGAACUCUUCCAUGCACUUACAAGUGCCGUCAUGAUGCUGCUGCAGAUUUGAUUCAUUUGUAUGCUUAUACAAAGUGCUUCUUCCGAGUCCGGGAUUAUAAGACAGUAAAAUCUCCACCAGUUCAUAUCAGUCCGCUUGACUUAGGCCCCAAAUAUGCUGAUAAACUGGGACCAGGCUUUCAGGAGUACUGCAAGACAUACCCAGAAAAUUAUUGCUUAGCCCAGCUUAUCUAUUGGUAUAGCCAGAAUUCAGAACCUGAAUCUAGAUUGACAAGAGCUAGAAAAGGUUGCAUGUCAUUGCCAGAUGUCUCGUCCUUCUAUGUGAAGUCUGCAAAGCCAUCACAAGAGCGAGUUUAUGGGAACAGAACUGUGAGAUUCAUGUUAUCGCGCAUGGAAAAGCAGGCACAGAGACCAUGGCCAAAGGAUAGGAUAUGGGUGUUCAAGAGUGAUCCGAGAUUCUUUGGUAGUCCAAUGAUGGACGCCGUGUUGAAUAAUUCCCCGCUUGACAAGGAGAUGGUGGUGAUGGAAUUUGCGCCCACUUUGUGUUUUGCAAGUGAAAUUGCAAACAGAAAGCGGCAAGAUGUAGAACAAAUUGUAGAUGACGAGUGCAUUCAGUUCCAGGGGAGGUUUCCAUGCUCAGCGGCGUUAGAGGGAGUAGGGGCAUGUGGUGGUGGUCGGAUGAAUAUUCAACGUCCUUCUUUCAACUCAAGACAUGUUGUUUCUUCAGCGUGCCGUGCUAGAUCGCCAUUGCUUGCUACCGUAGGACCUGUUAGUUGUCGAUUAGGUGAUGAACAUGGAGUUCAAUCUAUUUUUGAGAAGAGUUUGCGGGAUUCCGUGCAAGUUACUCCCACAGUGAGGGUAGCUCGAAUAACUGUGAGCGCUACUCCAGCAUCUGCAAUCACAAGGUUUGAUCAAAAUGAAGGACGUAUAAUCAAUUUUGAGGAUGAAGAUUGGCAGAGGAGCGCUCCUGCUCCGUCGUCGGUUAGGCCUACUGAGAACAACAAUGGUCAAUACAGGAUUCUUCCAGCAUCCGUUACAAAUGGUAGAAAUGCUGAGAGUAGUCGUUAUACAGUUGGUUCAGGGGACAUGAUUCGUCCCUAUCCAAGUUCUCACAUGGCUAUGCGACAGGGCCUUUCUACCUCCAGUAGAAUUGAUAGCAGUUCUACAGCUGAUGCAAAUGACAAUAACAAGAGGGUCCUUCCACCAUCCUUUUCAAAUGGCAACGCAUCGAAAUCUAUGCAUCCAAUUGCUGCUAGUGAGACACGCAAGCUCCCACCCCAUUUUUCCACUACAAGGUCACCAAAUGUCGGUGAAAACAGAAUGGGGACAAAUACUGCCAAUGGAAAUUUACAACCUUCAUCUUCAAUAAUUGCAAGAGGAAGUUCUAGCACACUUAAUACCCAGAAAGUGGAUGAUGAUGAUGAUGUUGUUGUAUAUGGAGGUUCUACCUCACAUAGGGUACUACCUCCAAUGGUUGGAGCAACCAGUUCUAAUAACAGUGAAGUUGCUAAUGGCUUUGAGACACGCAAUCGCCUUAAUCCUGAAAAUAGGGUCUUAGAUUAUGAUGAGAGAGCAGUAUAUCAAGAAGCCCUGCAGAAUAUCAGUCGUGAAAAAAGGGAAGAUGAUCUGCCCGAGGGUGUGCUAGCAGUAUCUCUGCUUAAGCAUCAGAAAAUGGCGUUGGCUUGGAUGGUUUCAAAGGAGAAUAGCUCACACUGUGCAGGCGGAAUUCUUGCUGAUGAUCAGGGCCUUGGGAAGACAGUGUCUACUAUUGCCCUUAUACAAAAACAGAGGAAUGAACAGUCGAAAUUUAUGUCUGUUGAUUCAGAUCGUUUGAAAUCUGAAGCACUAAACCUUGAUGAAGAUGAUGAGGGAGAACAAGCUGUUAGCAAUGAACCUAACAAGGACCAAGGCGCUAGUUCAUCGUCAACAGCUGCUGGUACUAGUGCUGAACUUUGUGUUAAUCAACCGAAUAAUGUUCUGAAUAAAAUGGUUGAAACCAAAGCGGAACGCAAGAAAAAAGCUAAAGCUUCCACAUCAUCUGCAUCCACCUCACGUUCCAUGACAAGGCCAGCUGCAGGUACUCUAGUAGUGUGCCCUGCUAGUAUUCUUAAGCAGUGGGCUAACGAAUUAACUGACAAGGUUAGUGAAAGUGCUAAAUUAUCUGUUUUAGUCUACCAUGGUGGUGCAAGGACCAAAGAUCCAAGUGAGCUAGCAAAAUAUGAUGUAGUUGUCACUACAUAUACAAUUGUGGCCAAUGAAGUACCUAAACAGAUGGCUGACGAUAACGCCGAUCAAAAGAACAGUGAAGAACCCUCUGCUGGCAAUAAAAGAAAGCCACCAGCAAAUAUGAAAAACAAGGCUAAGAAAAAGAAGAAGAAACUUAAGGACUCAAACUUUGACCUUGACAGUGGUCCAAUUGCAAGAGUGCGGUGGUUUAGGGUUGUGCUUGAUGAAGCUCAGACAAUAAAGAACUUCCAAACUGUAGUGGCCAGAGCCUGUUGUGGGCUAAGAGCAAAACGAAGAUGGUGCUUAUCAGGAACACCUAUACAAAAUGCAAUUGAUGAUCUGUACAGCUAUUUCCGUUUCUUGAAAUAUGAUCCGUAUUCCACGUAUAACUCAUUUUGCACAAUGAUUAAGCACCCAAUUGCUAGAGAUGCAGUUCAUGGAUACAAGAAACUUCAGGCUGUGCUGAGGGUAGUUCUCCUGCGUCGUACGAAAGAAACUCUGAUUAAUGGCAAACCAAUAAUAAAUUUACCUCCGAAGACAGUUAAUCUGAAUAAAGUAGAUUUCACACAAGAGGAGCGGUCGUUUUAUUUGAUGCUGGAAGAACGCUCUCGGCAACAAUUCAAGGCAUUGGCUGCGGCUGGGACACUCAAACAAAACUAUGCCAACAUCCUUUUAAUGUUGCUGCGACUUCGGCAAGCCUGUGAUCAUCCUAUUCUUGUGAAGGGCAAUCAGUCAGAAUAUGGAGGUGAUGGUUCUAUAGAAAUGGCAAAGAAACUUCCUAAGAAUGUGGUGAUAGAUUUGCUUGCAAAACUGGAAGUGGGGUCAGCCUGUAGCUUAUGCGAUGACACACCUGAGGAUGCUAUUGUGACAAUUUGUGGUCAUGUUUUCUGCUAUCAAUGUAUACAUGAACGAAUAACGACUGAUGAGACUAUGUGCCCUGCCCCUAAUUGCAGUAGAACAUUAGGUUUUGAGUUGUUAUUUUCGUCAGGAGCUUUAAAGAUUUGCAUCUCUGGCGAAUCCAGUUCUGCAGGAGCUAGUUCAUCUGCAGAUAACGAGUUUUCUUCAAUCAGUCAAAUCAGCUUUGUCUCAUCCAAGAUACAAGCAGCCAUUGAUAUACUGAAUAAAAUCAUUAACAUGAAUGCCCUUACUGAAAGUGAUACAAUGGAAUCAAACCGAAGUGGAGUAGCCCCUGUGAAAGCCAUUGUCUUUUCCCAGUGGACUGGCAUGCUGGAUUUGCUGGAGCUUUCACUGAAUAACAAUCUUAUACAGUACAGGAGACUAGAUGGAACGAUGUCUCUCAAUUUAAGAGAUAAAGCCGUGAAGGAUUUUAACACUGACCCAGAGGUUAGAGUUAUGAUUAUGUCACUGAAAGCUGGUAAUCUUGGUCUCAACAUGGUUGCUGCUUGCCAUGUAAUUCUCCUUGAUCUCUGGUGGAACCCUUAUGCUGAGGACCAGGCAGUUGAUAGGGCACACAGGAUUGGGCAGACUAGGCCUGUUACUGUAUCUCGCUUGACCGUUAAAGAUACUGUGGAAGAUCGUAUUUUAGCUCUGCAGGAGGAAAAGAGAACCAUGGUGAACUCUGCUUUCGGUGAAGACAAAUCCGGUGGCCAUGCGGCCCGGCUCACCGUGGAAGACCUACGGUCCCGUCUGGCAUCUGCCAGCGGGCGAUGGUAUGUUUGGUUUCGUGGCGUUCUUCUAGCCAAGCUAGAAUCCGAUGCAGGAGGUGCUCGUGGAUGGGUUUUCUGGUGGUGCUGGCGGAGCGGAGAUGCUGAGCGCGGAGAUGCAGAGGGAGAUUCAGCGCCUGCUGCUGGAGAGAGAGGGUGCAGGAAGAGCGCGUGGUGCCGCCGCCGGCCCAGGGCUAGGCGUGCUCCUAGGCAAAGGUUGAAGAGGCGGUGGGGAGAGGGUAGGCGUUGA